UCACUGGGCUGCCCCUAAAGUCUUCACUUUGCUAGUGAUUUCUUUUCCUUCUAGCAAUCCCUUCUCCAACUGAGGACAGCCACAUACAUCUUAGGAAUAUCACAUGAGAUCACGAAUGUUUAGCAUGGGCCCCAGCAUUUACUUUUAUCAUAUUAUUAUCAGUGUUUUAUCUCCAAGCUGGCAGCAGUCUCCUCAUUCUUUGUUUAGUUUAAUUUUUCAUUCAAGCCUCAAAGAACAAGUUACAGUAGAAAUUUCUGUAUUCUGAGAAUUGUCUAAUCCAAUGUCCACAGAAAAUGAUAGAGAUAAAGAUUUUAUCAAGAGUUUGGUAUUCUUUAUCAGAUCUAUUAGUAGCCUAAAGGGGACAAUUAUCUCAGGUCAGAACAUAUAUAGCUAGGAGCUCUUGGCCACCACUGUAUGCUAAGAACCCGAACUUCCCUGAAUACUAGGACCCAGGAAAGAAGCAUGAAGUGGCUUGUGCUCAUCGGGCUGGUGGCCAUCUCAGAGGGCAUAGUCAUAAUCCCUAUGACGAAGAUGAAGACACUUCGAGAAACAGUCUUGGAAGAAAUUACGCCAAAAGAUUUCCUGGAGGAACGAUCUUAUAACCUGUCCCAGGAAACUAAUCUUGACUACAAGUUCUCAUCUCAUCCCCUGAGGAACUUCUUGAACAUGGCCUACAUCAUCAACAUCACCAUUGGAACACCCCCUCAAGAGUUCAGUGUCAUCAUUGACACCAGCUCGUCUGACUUGUGGGUUUCCUUCAUCUACUGCCAAGCUCCCUCCUGCUCUAAAUACUUGAGAUACAACCCUAAGACGUCCAGCAGCUUCCAAUCUGAUGAGGGGAAACACAUCAAACUCACUUAUGGAUCUGGAAGCAUAACAGGAGUUCUUGCCACUGACACGGUUCGGAUCGGGGGACUUAUUGCCAAGUCACAGACGUUUGUCCUCAGCAUGAAUAAGCUCAGUGGGGCCUUGGAACAAGCACCUUAUGAUGGCAUCAUGGGCUUAGCCUACCCCAGCCUCGCCAUCCUAGGGACCACCCCCAUCUUCGACAACCUGAAUAAAAAUGGAAUCAUUUCUGAGCCUGUCUUUGCCUUUUUCAUAAGCAGCUGGCCGCACAAGAGCAGCUUGCUGAUGCUUGGUGGGGUGGACCACGCCUACCACAAGGGAGCUCUCAAGUGGGUACCAGUUACCGAAGCCGGCUUAUGGCAGAUAACUGUGGACCGCAUCUCCAUGAAUAGAAAAGUGAUUGCUUGUUCCAGCGGAUGUCAGGCCAUUUUGGAUAUCGGGAGCUCAUAUUUGUUUGGCCCAACUGACAUAGUCAGAAGCAUCCUGAGGAGCAUCAACCCCAGCCCCCUCCAGAAUGAACAGCGAUUGAUUUCAUGUCACCGUACCAUAGCCCUGCCUCCUGUUAUCUUCACCAUCAAUGGCAUGGACUACCCACUGACCCGUAAAUACUACAUCCAGAAGGUUUCUGAAGACAUCUGCUUUAUAACCUUUAAUGGGGGCACAGAAAACCUGAGCCCCCCAGAGACCUGGGUCCUGGGGGACAUCUUCCUGAGAGCAUAUUUCACAGUUUUUGAUCGGGGAAACAACAGGAUUGGCCUGGCUCCCUCAGUGUAAAUGCUGGGCUGCUUUAGGAAUCACUCAGGCCCACUCCAAAGACACCUUCACACGUAGGGCACUCCCGCCCAGGGAUGCUGGUGAACUGUGUUUGGUGCUAUGCAAGCCCUGU